AUGACCAUGAACACUCCAUCACUACCCCAAUUCCAACCUCUCGGACCAAACAUAGCCCUCUACACUCCCCAGUCCAAACCAACAGCGCUUAUAAUCCUCUGCACAUGGCUCGGCGGCGCAACUCCCCGCCGUCUCACCAAGUACACAUCUGGCUACACUGAGAAUUUCCCCGACGCCGCGAUUCUGCUCGUGAAAACAACGCUGCCCGACAUUCUGAUUCAGAAUAACAGCGCGAUCUCGAAGCGAUUAGCCCCCGCGCGAGAGGUCAUUUCCGGCUUUCUGCGAACAAACUCGGGAGAGGCUGGCAAUGGCAAUGGCACGCGGCAUGGCAGGACCCCUCGCCCCCCGGCCGUCCUCCUGCACAUCUUCUCCCACGGCGGAAGCAACAUCGCCACGCAGCUCCUGCGCUCAAUCGCCGCAACUGACCCCUUAGCCCAUGAAAUGCUCCUUUCAGCGCUGAACCUCGUCAUCCUCGACUGCUGCCCCGGCGACUCCACAUUCAAGCGGAACUACAACGCCGUCGCCGUAUCGCUGCCUCCGGCCACGAACCAGCCGCUCUCGCACUACAUCGGCAGGAUGGCGCUGUACCCGGUCGUUGGGACGAUCAUGGCGCUCAUGGCGACGGGAUUUAUGAGGAGUAUUGAGGAUUUAAGGACGGAGUUGAAUGAUCCGUUGUUACUGGGGAGAUCGGCGCGGAGGGUUGUAUCUUUAUUCCCGCCAGGAUGA